UUUUUCAGCUCGCUUGCGCACUCUAUUCUUAUAUCUCUGUGGCGACUUCCGCCGGCUUCAGAAAGGAAUGGACGCUCUCAGUAAAAGUCGCGCUUGAGUCGUGGACGUGUUCGAACACGUGUUUUGUCCUGAAUAAAUUUUGGAAGAUUGCUGAUGCAAUUACAAUUUCCACUCAGACUUCCAGUAAUUUUUACUCAGAUUUCGCUACGCAAUCAGUGAUUCAGACUGUUAAACAAACAGUAGCAAAUCUGGCCGUAUUCGUAUUGUCUGCUGAAAAACGGCAGGAGCCAAUAUAAAAAUAGGAAGAAGAAGGAGGAGGAGGCUGCUCUCUGGUUUCUCAGGUUUCUCUAUUCUCGUUGGUUGAGAAGAAGAAGGAGCAAGGGGCGUUUCGCGCUUUUCAUCAUUGAAAAUAUAAUUUUCGUUCACGGAGCAGCACGAAGAAAUACAAAAUGCAGUCAUAUAUGUGGACCAACACACAUUUUGACAUAUUAAAAGCGGCUGUAGCGAAAUAUGGCGAACACCAGUGGGGCCAUGUUGCCACACUGUUACCCGGGCAUAAUGCCAUGAUGUGUGAGGCACGCUGGCGCCAAUUGCAAUUACUUGAACAAGCGCAAAAGGGAGAAGAAGCAAGACCAGACCCUAAAGAUAUGGAUCAAGAUGAAUUGGAGAUGUUGCGGAUAUUUGUUCGAGAUGUUGGAGAUGUCGGAGAUGUCGUCGCCAGGGUCACGCACCAGGCUGGCAAAUUAUGUAUUCGAUAACGUUUAAUUAUUAAUUCAAUUUUAAAGAAUAUUUUUUAUGUUUUCUAAAGAUAAUAAAAUAUAUACAUA